CGUUCAAUUCGCUGCCAGCCGUCGAAAAGAACGCACGCGAGUUUACUUCCCCCGGCUGUAAAAGGCAAAACACUAUUCAACAAACUGUAGACUAUAAAAGUCAAACUGAUCAAAAUCGAACAUUGGAAAUACGCGCGCGCGUGCGGUUUUUCAACGCAGUCAACGUCGCGAUCAUCUAUUUAAAUACAUAAAUAUAUUUUUUUUUUAUUAAUUUUGUUGCCUCAAGUGAAUUGACAAUGUGCAGUGCGUGAUGUGUGGAUUUUUUCUGCAUCCAAAUCUGCGAGACAAAACACUUGCAAAGUCGUAGUUCUCCGAUCCAGAUUCAAGUGCUGAAAAGCUGUCUCAUUAGCAGUGCGUCACAAUGUCCGCCAAUAACCAAAUCAGUGUCUUCAUGGAGAAGAUCAACCCGACGCUACAGGCGUGUCCCAUAGUAUGCAUCAAUGAGCGCGACACGCACAGUAUCAGCACGAAGGUACUGCAACCAAGUUCGGCGAGCACACUAGAGAAGCCCAAGGCGGCGCUAGGAGGAUCCACCACAUCUGUGACCGGCGUGAACAACAAUUGCAUUGCCGUUAAUGGUGGAGUGGGCGUAGAAGAAGCAGCAACUGCAACUGCGACUACCAGCAGUGCGGCUGGAGUGACCAAGAUCACGAUAACCAGUGACGUCGGCAACAGCAGCAAAACAGCCAGCACCGGGAGCUACAAGAACAGCAGCUUGGUGUCCAUCACCAGCUUAAACAGCUGUAGUGACCUCAGUCAGGGCAGCACCGCCACCCUGCCCAUCAGCAGCUGCAGCAGCAACGUCAGCAGCCACCCCCUCAGCGGCAACAGCAACAACAACAGCGGCAGCGACACCUCUUCCAACAACUUCCAGGAGCGGUUCGACUUCGAGCACUGGAAGGGCCUACUCAGCGACUACAACUGCUUUCCCGGGCUGUAUCGCUAUUGGAAUCAGUAUAGCGGACGCAGCGCCACCAACCGCGACAGUGUCAAAAGCGUCAACAGUAACGGCAGUGACGGCGACGGCAACGGCAACGGCAAUCAACAGCAGUCACAGUCCGACCAUGAGAAUGGGCUGGGCACCGGAGCCGGCUCCUUCUACACACACAACAUACUAGGAUACACCUUCGGCUAUCCUUUUGGCCUGAAGGAGGAUCUUGACAGCCACAGCAACUGCAACGACAGCAGCAACACCAACAGUCUUGGCCUCAGAAAGUGGCUUUCGGGCAGCGCCAGCAGCAGCGAGACCCCGCUUCAGAAGCACUACAGACAUCAGCAGAAGAAGAAGAUGCCGGUGUUCAGAGGUAGAAGGGCGUGGUGCGGCUGCUUCAAGGACGAUGAACCACCCGAGAUUUGUGUGGUGGAAGGGGCGUUCACUCUUCAGACGCUCACGCCCACUCAACCCAUGCCGUCGGUGGAUGAGCUGGAUACGAAGUUCGCGGAGCUGGUGGAGGAGCUCGAUCUGACGGCUCCCAAUAAGGAGGCGAUGCUGAGCCUGCCUGCUCAGAAGAAGUGGCAGAUCUACUGCUCGAGGAAACUUCCCCUGGAUGCAGGAGAUGGUCCAGAUGCGGCGGCUAUUACUCAGCCUCCCACCGCAGAGCACUACAUAGAGCGACUGAAGGAGCUGGUGGUGCACAUAUCCCUCUCGCCGGAGGACUCACCCAGCCAUGAGCUGGGAAACCGCCUGGAUGGCCAUGCCGCCUUUGUAGACGCCCUGAAGACCGCCCUGAGAACCUCCACGCAUAGCUUCGUGCUUCGAUUUGUGGAGCUGGACGGGCUGCCGGCCCUGCUCGACCUCCUGCUGCAGUUGGACAUCCGGGUGGCUAACAGCCCGCUUCAUACCAGUCUCAUUGGGUGCAUUAAGGCGCUGAUGAACAACUCUAUGGGACGGGCACACGUGCUAGCUCAUCCAACGGCCAUUGACACUAUAGCCAGAUCCCUGGUUGCGGACAACAUCCGCACCAAAAUCGCCGCCCUGGAGAUUCUGGGUGCCGUGUGUUUGGUGCCUGGUGGACAUCGCAAGGUGCUGCAGGCCAUGCUCUACUUCCAGGAGUUCGCCACAGAGCGAACCCGUUUCCAGAGCAUCGUCAACGAUCUAGACCGAUCGACCUAUGCGUACAGGGAAAAUGUCAAUCUGAAGACCGCCCUCAUGUCGUUCGUGAACGCGGUACUUAACUAUGGACCCGGCCAGGAAAACCUCGAGUUCCGGCUGCACUUGAGGUACGAGUUUCUUAUGCUGGGCAUCCAACCCGUGAUCGAUAAGCUGCGCACGCACGAGAACGAGACGCUGGACAGGCAUUUGGACUUUUUUGAGAUGGUUCGUGCCGAAGACGAGAAGGAGUUCGCCCGCCGCUUCAAUGAGGAGCACGUGGACACCAAGAGCGCCGGUUCCAUGUUUGAGCUCCUGCGCCGCAAACUCAGCCAUUCGCCCGCUUAUCCCCACAUGCUCUCCCUCCUGCAGCAUAUGCUCCUGCUGCCCUACACGGGUCACUGCACAGAGCACUGGCUACUGAUAGACCGCGUGGUGCAGCAGAUUGUGCUGCAGGUGGAGCAGCGGCCGAGUAGCGAUCUCAUCCCCGAUCCGGAUGACUUAGGAAAGCAGUUGAAGCUGGCCGCUGACUCGCCUGUCCACGAUCCUGACGUGGCGCCGCUGCAAAUCGACGUAGCCAAGUUGGUGCGUCUGUUGGUCAAGGAGGAGCAGCUGACGCAAGCGCGGAAGCGGGCCGACGAGCUGGAGCGCGAGAACUUCGACGUGCAGUCGCGACUGGCUAAGAAGGAGCAAGAGCUCGACCUGCGAAUGCAGGAGAAGGAGGACCUGGAAACGGGUCUGGCGCGUAUGCGCGAGCGUUUGGAGAAAGAGUCCGCCCAGCACUCGCAGGCGGUGCAACGGGCGCAGUCCGCCGAGAUGCGGGCGGAGGACUUACAGCACCGUCUGCUCAGCGAGCAGCAGGAGCGGUCUCGUCUGGAGCGGCUGGUUACGGAGGGCAGUAUCCCUGACGACCAGAAAGUGGCCGGUCUCACUGGCUGCAAUGGGGCUGUGUCGCCCCCGCCGGCGCCACCCAUGCUCAAGGCCAUCCCACCGCCUCCUCCGCCCAUGGCGCCGGCCAUGAUGCCUCCACCACCGCCUCCCUGCCCGGGAGCCCCUCCUCCGCCACCAAGUAUGGCACAAACGAUGGCUCCUGCGCCACCGAAAGUGGAUCUGCCAAAGAAAAACGUGCCACAGCCAACGAAUCCGUUGAAGAGCUUCAACUGGUCGAAACUGCCGGACGCCAAACUUCAGGGCACCGUGUGGAACGAGCUAGACGAGAGCAAGCUGUAUAACAACAUGGAGCUGGAGUCGAUAGAUAAGCUGUUCUCAGCAUACCAAAAGAAUGGCGUGUCGGCCACCGAUGGAUCCUACGAGGAUUUGCGGGUGACUGGCAAGUCGGCCAAGCAGAAGGUGUUGUCGGUGAUCGACGGACGUAGGGCGCAGAACUGCACGAUCCUGUUAAGCAAGCUGAAAAUGAGCGACAUGGAGAUAUCAAAAGCAAUUCUCUCCAUGGACAGCAACGAGCAACUGCAACUGGACAUGGUCGAACAGCUACUAAAGUUCACCCCCUCGUCGGAAGAGCGAGCUUUGCUGGAUGAGCACAGCGAAGACAUUGAGUCCCUGGCACGGGCCGAUCGCUUCCUCUACGAGAUAUCCAAAAUCCCUCACUACGAGCAGCGGCUCAAAAGUCUGCACUACAAGAAGCGUUUUAUGCUGACGAUCAACGAUCUGAUCCCCCGCAUCACUAGUGUGAUGGAGGCCUCUCGUGAGGUGGCUCGUUCCCGUCGCCUGCGCAAGCUUUUGGAGUUGGUCCUGGCCUUGGGCAACUACAUGAACCGCGGGGCACGCGGCAACGCCUCUGGAUUCCGACUGGCCUCGCUCAACCGCUUGGCGGACACCAAGUCCAGUGCCGCCAAGGGCACCACUCUGCUGCACUACCUCGUCCAAGUGAUCGAGCGCAAAUUCAAGGACUUGCUAAAGCUGGAAGAAGACAUUCCGCAUGUGCGCGAGGCCUCGAAGGUUUCUCUGGGAGAGAUGGACAAGGACAUUCAGAUGCUGCGCACCGGGUUGGCGGACGUAGCCCGUGAGAUCGAGUUCCAUCGAAGUUCGGGUCCCGCCCAGCAAGGUGACCGCUUUCUGCCCGUGAUGCGCGAGUUUCACGCCCAGGCGUCGGUGCGGUUUGCGGAGCUGGAGGACAAGUUCCAGGACAUGAAGACGCGUUUUGACCGGGCGGUGCGUCUGUUCGGCGAGGACGGAUCGGUUCUGCAGCCGGACGAGUUCUUCGGCAUUUUCGACUCGUUCCUCGGCGCCUUCGCGGAGGCGCGGCACGACAACGAGAGCUUUCGCCGGCGCCAGGAGGAGGAGGAAAAGCGUGCCAAGCAGGAAGCGGAGCUCAAGAAGCGCACAAUCGAGCGCAAGAACAAGAGCGGUCUGAUGAGCAGUGUGGCCCGCAACCUGGGCCUCAAAUCUGGCUCGCCCACCAGUGGCCUGGAUUCCCCGGCGAGAGGCGGGGUCGGCGAUAACAAGGGCGAGUUCGACGACCUCAUUUCGGCCCUGAGGACCGGCGACGUAUUCGGCGAGGACAUGGCUAAGUUCAAGAGAUCGCGUAAGGCGCGCGUGCUUAACGGUGGAAGCGCCAACACCGGACACACCUCUCCACCCCGUCACGGCAGCCUGCAGCGCGAGGAAAGCGGGCGGGAGCGCGAACGGACCGUAAGACGCCAGUAAUAACAGAGCAGAGGUCAAGAGGAUUAAGAUUAGUUAGUUUACCCUCUGGCUUCAACCCCAUUCUAAAGUAUUGUUUUAAAAUUGCGCGCAGGUAUUUUGUUCUUACAUGGUAAAGACACUUUUUGUAAUUAUUUAUAUCUACUAUUCGUACGCAUAUACUACGAUUUAUAUAUACUUACAUAUAUAGCACAUAAUCUAAAGCUCGGCUACUGCAAGCGUUAAACCAAAUUUUUUACAAACGAAAACUUAAUUGUAAUUUAAAGUCUAAAGAAAUGUUAUGAACUAAUCUUCUCGCCGUGGAGCUGAUCAUCAUGUAUAGCAUACCUUAAAAAUUGUAUUUGGCAACCAUACGGCAUACAUGCUUCUAUAUCUGUACACACCUAGUGCUUAUCAUAACUCAAACCUGUAAACCCAAAGCAGCACUCAGCAGCAUAAUUUUCGCACAUGGAAUCGCUACAGAGUUCGAAGAAGCUCGCCGGUCUGCCAUAAAGUCAUGUUCAUAAUUAAGGUCUAUAUUGUUUGUUUUUUCAUUUUUUUUAGCACGAGAUUCAGUAGCGUACCCGUAUCGAACAUAUAGAACUUUUAGAGCGCAUUAGGAGUUUGCACAGACACACGUCCUCAGCAUUUUCUAAUGAUAAUUACACCCUAACCAUAAACAAAUUAUAAUAAAGAUAAACUUC